AUGUCCGAAAAGCAAAAUAUUGUCUCAUCUACUCUUUCAGACAUGACAGAAUUCGCCAAAGAUAGCAGAAGAUUAUUAAACCGCUGCACAAAGCCUGACAAAAAAGGUAAAAUUUAAGCAGAAUAUGUGAAAAUUGCGACUGCGUGUGCUGUUGGAUUUGCAGUCAUGGGCUUUAUUGGAUUUUUCGUGAAGCUGGUAUUUAUCCCAAUAAACAAUAUUUUGCUCACUCCUUAA